UUAUUUAUGUAUUAUAUAACUUUGCUUCAAAUUUUCUAAGUAUAGUUUAUGUUUUACGGUUGCUGGAAAUAUUAGCAAGUAUGAAACAGAAAUUUAAAUAAUAAACGUUCCGAAAGUAAUAUCAAAUUAUGAGCAGCAAAAAGAUCUUGUAUAUUGGAGGACUUGCUGAGGAAGUUGAUGAUAAGAUUAUUCAAGCUGCGUUUAUUCCAUUUGGUGACAUUCUUGACAUUCAAAUACCUAUUGAUUACGAAACAUCAAAACAUCGUGGAUUUGCUUUCAUCGAAUUUGAAUUAGCUGAAGAUGCAGCUGCAGCAAUGGACAACAUGAAUGAGAGCGAGUUGUACGGUAGAACGAUACGUGUAAAUAUUGCGAAACCUAUGAAGAAUAAGGAAGGAUAUUCGCGCGCUGUAUGGAAUAGUGAUGAGUGGCUACAAGAACAUGCUGUGGGUGCUGAGAAAAAUGGGACCACAGAGAAAGGUGAUGAAAAAGAAAAAGGAGAAACAACUGAUGAGACAUCUGGUGAACCAGCUGCUAAGAAGAGGAGAAAGAAUCCAAAAUGUUAUAUUGAUGUUAGUAUGAAUGAUCAAUACACUGGCAGGAUUGUUGUGGAAUUGCGUGCUGAUGUUGUACCAAUGACUGCAGAGAAUUUCCGUUGUUUGUGCACGCAUGAAAAGGGAUUUGGUUUGCGUAAAAGUACUUUCCACAGAAUCAUACCGGGAUUUAUGUGUCAAGGUGGAGAUUUCACCAAACACGAUGGUACUGGAGGAAAAUCAAUAUAUGGUAAAAAAUUUGAAGAUGAGAAUUUUGUACUGACCCACACUGGACCAGGCAUUCUCUCCAUGGCGAAUUCCGGACCAAACAGCAAUGGUUCACAGUUUUUUAUUUGUACAGAAAAAACUGACUGGUUGGAUGGAAAGCAUGUUGUCUUUGGUAAGGUUGUCCAAGGCAUGGAAUUUGUGCGAAAAAUGGAGGGAGUUGGUUCCGACUCUGGUAAAACGAAGAAAAGAGUAGUUAUUGAAGAUUGUGGUGAAUUGAAGUGAAAAUGAUAGACACAUGGCAAGAAGCUGCAAACGAUUUGUUUUUAUGACAACUGUGAGCCCCCGCCAUCGUGUUACCAAAAUAACAGUGUAUUGGUCCUUUUAUGAGCACCCUCUGGUUGAAAUGGGUGGAGAAAAAUAGAUGUUGUUAAAAAAAAGACAGACAAAAAAAUAUGUGCAUUGAAGAUUUCUAUACGAAACAUUUUUUAAUCUGUUUUUAAUAAAUACCGAAACGAGA